GAACACCUUUACAAAAAUCAACUCUCCAUGAAAUUAUGAUGAACAUAAUCACAGAAGCAAAAGCAGAACAAGAUUCUUCUUCUUAUCCUCACGAUGCCAUGUUUCUUGUCUUACCUUACCUUUCACUGUACGAGGUUUUAACUAUGUCUCGUGUUUGCACAUCCCUAAGGGAUGCUGUCAACAAUGAUGUAUUACUGUGGCUUCAUGUUAUUGUUGAAAGGCCUCUCAAUUCAAGACUCACUGAUGAGACUCUAUUUCAAAUCACUUCCAAGGGAAAUGGCAGGAUUCAAACACUCGCUCUAAUCAACUGCAUGCACAUUACUGACCAGGGAUUACAAACGGUUGUGGAACAAAACCCUUUCAUUCAUGAGCUUCAUAUACCAGCAUGCACUAACAUAACUCCUGAAGGAGUUCUAAGAGUUGUGAAAACACUGUGCCAAAGAAGUAAUUGCUUAACCACCUUGAGUAUAAACGGCAUCUACAACCUACAACAGGAGCAUCUUCUCAUGCUUGCCUCAAACCUCAGAGAGAACCUUCCAUUAGCGGAUCGUCAAUCACAGCAGCAGCAGCAGCAACCUACAUACUAUCAUGAACGCGGCAGUGUUUCAGCGUUCAAGCGCCGAGAAAACCGGACGAUUAUUGAUUUGGAGGUAUGUCCUAAGUGCUUUGAGGUGAGGAUGGUAUAUGACUGUCCAAAAGGGGACUGCAGGGGGUGCAUAUUUUGUAUUCCAAGAUGUGAAAACUGCGGUCGUUGUAUUAUUGAAUCCGAAGAAGUGGAAGAGGGUGCUUGUGGAGAUACCUUGUGCCUUGAUUGUUGGUUACAGAUUCCUAAGUGCAAUUUCUGUAACAAACCAUAUUGUAAGCAGCACAUAGAUUGGUGGUGCACUUCUUCAGACUCUUCAUUGCUCUGCAGAGUUUGUGAUGAUAAUUCUCAUGGAUAUACAUACACUGAUGUUCUAUAAUGUAAACUAGUUUUAAUAAUUUGUAUGAUGUUUAUAGCUAAAAAAAUAAUUGUUCAUCAUAGUAUUUGCAUUCAUGAAUUUAAGUGUCUAUUGGAUAAGUCCAAACUACUGACUUAUAGCCUAUAAACUUAUUUGGUGAAAGUAUUAUUGUUUGAGAAGGUCCUUUUAUGUCAUA